UGUUGGAACCAUCACCAUGUCUUUGGGAAACCAAAGCCGUGUGACUGACUUUUUCAUCGUUGGUUUCCCUGGACUUCAGCCAGAGUUCUAUGGGCUUGUGUCAGCUGUGUUACUAUUUGUUUAUAUUUGCAUUUUAAUGGGAAAUGUUUUAAUUCUUGCAUUGUUCGCAACAGACCAGGAUCUUCAUAAACCCAUGUAUUUUGUUAUCUUAAAUCUGGUUGUAUCUGACAUUCUCUUUAGCACCACCACAUUACCCAAAAUUAUAGCCAGGUAUUGGUUUCAAGCAGGAGCCAUUUCAUUCACAGGUUGCUUUGUCCAGAUGUACUUUGUGCACUAUUUUGGUUCUGUAAAUGCAUUCAUUCUAUUUAUAAUGGCUUUAGACCGGUAUGUGUCAAUCUGUUUUCCGCUCCGAUAUCCCCUGAUUAUCAAAAACUCCACUAUUCAUAUUCUCUGUGCCACUGCAUGGAUAACCUCAAAAGCGUGCCCACUCAUGGUGGUAAUUAGAGCCUAUCCUCUUCCCUACUGUUCCUCAAAACAAAUUGUUCAGUGCUACUGUGAUCAUAUUUCUAUUACAACGCUUGCAUGCACUGACAGAACCCCUUAUAGUUUACCUGCUUUUGUCUUUGCCAUGGUGGUUUUACUUGGACCUCUUGCCUUCAUUAUAUUAUCAUAUUGUUCAAUUAUUCGUGCAGUUUUUAAGAUUGCGACUACCCAAGGGCGCUUCAAAACCCUUUCUACCUGUAGUGGCCAACUAAUCAUUAUUGCCCUCUAUUUUCUGCCCAGAUGUUUUAUUUAUUUGUCCAGCUACAUUGGCAUUGUAUUCAGCCCUGAUGUACGUAUUGUUAUUAUAAUGCUGUACAGCCUGCUCCCUCCUAUGAUUAAUCCUCUCAUAUAUUGUUUCAAGACGAAAGAUAUAAAACAGAGCUUGAUAAAAAGAUUUAAGCAUUCCACUGCUCCAAAGAAAGAGAAUGUCUUUACUUUAAGCCAAUGAUUUAAUUGUUUUCUUUUCAUUGUUUACUUGGUAAUUUAUAUAUUAAGAAUGACUUGUCCUUCUUAUUACCAAAUCUGUACUUGAAACACAAACUAAAAAUAUAAAGCCUCGACUGAGUAUCAGUUGACCUUGUAAGAAUGACUACGAUAGAGCCACUUGCCGCUGUUGUAUUUUCCAAAACAGUUUAUUUCCAAAAUGGUCUUUAAUCCCACCAGAUUUCUAUUUAUUUAUAUGUAAAAUAUGUUCAACCAAAUCAUCUGAAUACUAAAUCCUAACUAGACAGAAAUAUAUAUAUAUGCACAGUACC